AUGGGAGAGGACGGCAUAAACCUGCUUCAGCAGAGGCUGGCCGAACGAACCCGCGAACAUAAAGCAACGCGCGAACCAGCCCUAGAGAGCAAAUUUCGUAAGCUGCCUGCUCCAAUGUCAUCCAAGAACGGCAAACUGGUGCACAACUUGUCGUCAAAGGAGAUGACGGAGGAACAAAUGCAGGUUUUACGGCAUGAGGCCUCAUUCAACGCAGCCGAUGCCAAACCUGCCAACAUGAUCGCAGUAGUGGAACCAAUCCUCAGCCAGACUGAAGCGACAGACGAAACGAAGAACCUCAUUCGACACCAAGUGUCCUCCCUCCUCAUGGCGCAUAGGCCGCGCGAUGUGCUUUCCAAGGUCGAGCGCGAUACACUUAAGGAACUCAGGGCCGACAACGACCUCGUUAUCGUUAUCCACUCGUCUCUUUGCUGCAACAUGCACUCUAUUUUCCGCAAAAGCUGA